AUGACUAAAGCCGGUCCUUUGAGUCAGAGGUUGUGGCUAUCAAGCGGAAACAAGACCGUAAGCAAUACUCAAGUUCAGCAGAGACUUCCUGUCACUAACAUGACAUUAAAACAGCCAUUGACCACUUUCCAGCAGCAGCAACCACAACUACAACAACUUCAACAACCGCCAUCUUCACUUACAACCACAACAAUCAUACCUGCUAUAACUUCUGCCUCAGCAAUUUAUACCAUGCGCAGUGGCAACCUAGUGGACUUUAACAAUCUCCAACAGCAACAGCAGCAGCAGCAGCAGCAAAUAUCUCUAUCUAUAGGCAUACAACCCAUCAUCAAGUCUCCUCCUAACAUUAUCUACCAACCCCAAAGAACUUUCUUGCAACAAAUGCAACAACCUCAUCAGCUACCACUGCAACAACCACAGCAACAGCAGCAGGCUAACAAAACUAUGCUGUCACCCACCAUACCAAUCAAUCUGUCAACAUCUGUUGUCAUGACAUCUUCAUCCUCUGGGAAUAAAGGUUUCCAAUGA